CAGGGCUUACUAGAACUACUACCCACAGCAGUAAGACUAUGGGAUGAAGUAAUAAUAGAUUUUAUUACAAGCCUAUCUGUGAGCACCUAUAAGGAUGUGAACUCACAGGAGGUUUAUAAUAGUAUUAUAGUUAUAGUAGACUAUUUCAGUAAGAUAGCACACUUCAUCUCUACUUAUAAGAUACUCUUAGGGGAAGAGCUUGUAAUACUCUUUCUAAGAGAGAUU